UCUUUAGUGUGGUAUUUGUUGCGAUUUAUAUGGCAACAUUUAAGCGUACACAAACCAACUGCUCGUCAAGAGAAUUUUAAAAAGUUUUCGUUUGAAGUCGUUAUUCGGGUACGUUACGGCAAUAAUUAUCAGAAACAAGAAGAAUUGGCGGGAUAUUAACCAUAAACAUAUAAUUGUAGUCUUAGAAACCGGGUUUGUGAACGAAUUUAUCCAUGUGCUCGUAAAAUUAAAAGAGAUCUAUUGCUUUGUCUCUAGAUCUGAAACUGACAACGUUUUUUCAUAGGCUUAGAAUUUUUAUUUAGAAAUGGAAGACUUCAUUAAGAUAGAGAAAAUUGGUGAAGGUACUUAUGGUGUGGUGUACAAAGGAAAAAACAAAGUGACCGGCCAGUUUGUGGCUAUGAAGAAAAUUAGGUUGGAGGCCGAUGAUGAAGGCAUACCCUCUACCGCAAUCAGAGAAAUAUCGCUACUUAAGGAACUUAAUCACCCGAACAUUGUGAAACUGGAAGAUGUGCUCAUGGAGGAGGCCCGGCUGUUCCUCAUCUUUGAGUUCCUCUCCAUGGACCUCAAGAAAUACAUGGACUCCCUUGGCUCCGGGAGGAUGAUGAGCCCUAACAUAGUGAAGAGCUACCUGUAUCAGAUCAACAGUGCUAUCCUGUACUGCCACCAGCGAAGAAUCCUGCAUCGUGACUUGAAACCACAGAAUCUACUUAUUGACCAGACUGGUAUCAUAAAGGUGGCGGACUUCGGGCUGGGGCGCGCGUUCGGCGUGCCGGUGCGCGUGUACACGCACGAGGUGGUCACGCUGUGGUACCGCGCGCCCGAGGUGCUGCUCGGCAGCCAGAGGUACUCGUGCCCAGUUGACAUAUGGUCACUCGGCUGCAUCUUCUCCGAAAUGUCCUCCAAGAAACCACUGUUCCAAGGCGAUUCUGAAAUAGACCAGCUUUUCCGAAUCUUUAGAAUGUUGCGCACACCCACGGAGGAGAUCUGGCCCGGCGUCACGUCGCUGCCGGACUACAAGCCCACCUUCCCCAACUGGAACACUUUUAACCUAUACAACCAUGUACCAAACCUAGACCAGGUGGGCAUGGACCUCCUCCGCAAGAUGCUGGUGUACGACCCGAUGAAGCGCAUCAGCGCCAAGGACGCGCGCCGCCACCGCUACUUCCGCGACGUGCGCCUCCCGCCCGGCCUGCGCGCGCCCGACGCGCCGCCCGGCGACGGCGCCGUGGCCAGUCUGUGACACGGAGCGCGUUGUAAACACUUGUUUAGUGUAAGAAAAAUUCUUCCUUCAAAGGCAGUUGACUCCUUGUAAACGAUACUGUCCUGUUAAGGCAAAUAGCGCAAUUUGAGGCUGUUUUUGUCGUUUUCUUAACUUUGUUACGUAGCUAAGGUUCAUUCAUCGAGUCGUGGGGGCAUAACCUUUUUCUUAUACUUUACAACUCUUCUACAAUUAAUAGUGUUGGGAAUAAUACCUUAGUCUCCUGCUGAGCCCAUACGCUUUAAGUCUAAGUUAGCAAAAUAUCUUUGAAAUGUGACACUAAGCAGCGUGCGACCUCAAACGGAUUCCAAGGUAAAAUAUUACAAGGGACUUGUCACAUCUCGACGACAUUGACGAAUAAAUUAAAAUUAAGCGGGUCCACAUAAAACGAGCCGCCUCGCGAGGAAAUUGCCGCGCGAGGCAGCUCGGUCUGUGUAGACAUGCCUCGGCCGAGGCCCGUAGCAAUGUGUGUAGGCUUUUACGGUUUCGGCCCGAAGAAAAUAUUCUACGGAUACGUCGCUAGAGUCAGACCAAGAUAAGUUGGCAGCGAUUUUGACAGCCCAGACAGUACAAGUGUUAUUUUUAACGUCAAACUUCUAUGAAAUUAUGACAUUUACUUACACUUACACCGGCUGGGCUAUCAAAAUCGCUGCCAACUUAUCUUGAUCUGACUCUAAUACACUUUGGACCUAGAAAUUUGACAGGUGGAAUACCACUCUAAGACAACCUGUGACUUCAUAACAGGAAAAGGUUUAUUAAAGUUUUAUCUUGUUUAUUUUACAGAAUAAUAUACUUUGUUUUCCUCCUAUUAUGAGACUAUGAGAACACUUAUUUAACUAAAGAAAUAAAUUAACUCUACAAACAUCGCUCACACAGCAACUUUUACAUUCGGACCAAUAGACGGGUCCACACAGAGCGAGCACGCGCGAGGCAAUUUCCUCGCGCACAUAACGGCCAGUGUAGACGUGACCCGGCUAAUCCCGCAAAAAUGUUGACUCAUAGAAAAUAUUGACAUCAAAUUAGACAAAAUGUAUGAAACAGCUAAUUCUUGGUUGUUUCGUAAAAUCUGGGGGUUGGUCCCAUAUAGUAAAUGUGGCUCAAUAUGACAUACAGUACCGGCCAAUAAUAUAUCACCAUGGAGGUGAGGAGGUUUUUAAGGUAGAAUAGCGAAUGAGUCCCACUAACACUACAAUAAUAAUUGCUGUAUGCUCUUUUUCUCGGAGCCUCGUGUCUGGUACGCAGGCGUGUGUGUUUAUGUAUGUGCCAAAGUGUGUAAACGUGGGCAAGCGUCUACACUAGAGAGAAAGGAAAACGGAUCAGUUUUUUAUGGUAUUGCUAUAAAAAGUGCCCUGUUGUAACUGAUCUGAGUUUAUUGUAUAUGUAUAAUUUUUGCCAGUUAUCCCUUUAAUAAUUAUUUUAGUUCAAAUUUGAAAAUAUACGAUGAAUGCCUAAUCUUAAUCUAAUCUUGUUUAAUCUUAGUCUAACCUUGUUUUAUUCGAUAGCAGAGGAAAGUAAUGGAAUUUAGAGAAAGAAAUCGUUGGUUAAGAGUGUAAACCUGCUAAAUCCAUUUUGAAAUUAAUUUAUUUUUAACUUUAAUAUCUAUCAAAUUAGGUUAAUCUCUAUUUUCAAAAAUAGAUUUAGUAGGUUUACACUCUUAGCCAACGAAAUAUAAAGACUGCAAAUUUCCCUCUAAAAGCUGUAACACACGGGCGUACCGGACCGCGACCUUUGUCUGGUCAGUAUAUCUCAUCUCGCUCUCGCUUAUAGAUCCUUGACGGACGUACGGCGGACCACUUUCCACACGAUCGAACAGGCCUCAGGUCCGGUACGCCGACCUGUUACAAAUAUAACACUUAAAAUAAAUUUCAUAAUCGUAAGAAAAGCAUAUCACGAAAGACUCGACGAAAUACUAAUCUAUAGGAUAUUUUCUCAUUUAAAUUCGAAACAAUUUUAAUUUGUCCCUAGAAUUAAAAAAUAUAGAAUAAAUGUUUUUGUCAUGUGGGUAAACUGCUGUAUCUAUUAUGUUAUUGGAAUUAUGGAAUGAAAUGCAUUUUUUAACAAAUAAGAUUGAUUUAAUUUGUCGGUAAUUGUAAUAUACUGUAAUAAUAAUUGAUAUUUUUAGUAA